CGACGUUAUCAUCUUUAGUAAUAUAAAAAAUGAGUGAAUUAAACCAUGCGGCCAUCCAAAAGUUAAAAGUUGCUGAGCUAAAAGUUGAACUAACUAAAAGAGGACUUGAUACUAAAGGAAAAAAAGAUGAAUUAAUUCAAAGGCUUAUGGAAAAUAUUGAAAAAGAAAAUCAUAUUCCUCAAGAACAGGAAGCAAUAAAAGAAGAUGUUGAAAAUAACGAAGAUGAAAAUAUUACCAAUGAAAAAAAUUGUGAAGAUAACUUUUCAGAAGAAAAUUUAAAUAUUGAAGAAGACAUUGAAAACAAAUCUAAAGACCAUUUAUCUCAUGAAAAUAAAGAUACACCUGAAAAUUUAACUAAUACAGAUAAAGAUAUAACUGCUAAUGAUGAAAUUAUAACUGAUAAUGUAAAUUUAGCUAAUUUAACAGAAAGCAACUCAAAAACAAAUGAAAAUACAACUGAAACAUUGCAUGAAAUGGGCAAUGAAAAUUUAGAAGAAGUAAGCGAAAAUGUUGAAGAAGUGAGCAAAAGUGUUGAAGAAGUGAGCAAAAGUGUUGAAGAAGUGAGCAAAAGUGUCGAAGAAGAGACCAAAGGUUUCAAAGAGGAAAGUAAAAUUGUCGAAGAGGAAAGUAAAAGUGUCGAAGAGGAGAUUCUCGAAGAUACAGUUGAUUCAAAUGAAAAUUGUGACGAUAAUACAGUAAAAGAUGUUACUUUAGUUGACCAAGUAGCUUCUGAUAAUUUUUCUCGAAGUAGUGAUCCUCUUAUAAGCGAAAACCAAGAAGAACCUAUGGAAGUGUCAUUAGAUAAAGAAGUUGAAGAGAAAACACCGGAAGCAUCAAAUCAGAAAUUAGAUAAUAUAGAGAAACCUAUGGAGUUAUCAACAAAAAAUGAGCCUAAAGAUGAUAAAUGUGAUGAACAAGAUUCUGAAGAUGAAGAAAUAGACUAUAUAUGUCCUCCAGAGUUUGAUGAAAGAGAAGAGAUGAGAAAAAUGUUUUGUGGUGGACUUGAUAAAGCUACAACUGAUGAACAAUUCAAGGAGUUAUUUUCAAAGUUUGGCGAAAUUACAGAUUUUAUUAUUAUACGAAAAGAAAAUUCAAAAAGUGACAGAUUGUUUGGAUUUGUUACUUUUGCAAAGUGUGAUGAUUUAGAGCAAUGUUUGUUAAGUCGCCCACAUAAGUUUCUUGAAAAAGAAUUAGAUGUUAAAAGAGCAGUACCACGUGGUCAAGAUGACUCUACAGGUCACUUCAAAGUAAAAAAACUUCAUGUAGCCAAUAUUCCUGAAGAUUUUAAAGCUAAAGAUUUGAAAACUUACUUAAGAAGUCGUCAUCCAAGUAAAUUUGGAAAAAUUGAAGAAAUUAAUUUUUUAAAAACAAAAGAUGAGGAUGGAAAUUUAACAGACAAAAAUCGCGGUUUUGGUUUUAUUACUGUUUCAAAUGAAGAUUACGCAGAUAGAAUUGCUAUUGCUGAAUCAAAGUUUACUUUAUCUGGUCAUUCUAUGAGAAUAAGCAAAGCUAAACCAAGAGUGAAUGAUGCAGGUGCACUAAGAGGAGCAUAUCGUAAAUCAGGAUAUAGUCAAGGCUGGGAUGAUUGGGGAAGCUAUGGUGCUUAUGGCUACAAUCAAGGGUAUGGAGGUUAUGGCUAUGGGCAAGGCUACGGAGCAUAUGAUUACUAUGGUGGUGGGUAUGGAGGUUAUGGUUAUAGUCCACAGCGAACAUCUCGAGGUGGAAAUCGUUUUAAUCCAUACUAAAAUGGCAGUGGCAAAAACUUUCUAAUCCUCGAGUGUCUUCACGUAUCAGCAACUUCUCAAUAAUCGUACUGAAUGAAGUCUUGUAAAUACUUAUCAAACAGAAUCAACCGUUCAAAGUAUAGUCCAAAGUCUUCGUGAACUAUUUGUCUCUUGCGGUUUCUUAUUUUUAUAUAACUUCCUUUCAUAAAACUUUAGUUUUAGUUAGAUGUUUUUAAUAGGGUAUCGAAGACUCGAUGCAUUGUCGUAUGUUGGCUGGUAUGCGUCGAAACAUGUUUAGUUUAUUUAAUAUUUACCCAUUUUGGGUGUCCAGAUUAUUUCAUUUAUAAAAUAUAUAAGAGUAUUUUAUUGACAUUAUUUCUAUCAAGACUUUUUUUUUUACAAUUAUUUUUGAAAUAUAAACAUUUGAACAGAUAUUUAGAUUGUAACUUUUAAAUGAUGGAUUGUGCUAAUAUUAACUCAUUUAAUAAA